AUGGCACCCAUCCGCCAGCGCCAGAGCAUUUCCAAAGAAAAGUUUGGUGUCUACCUUAGUUCCCUCAAGACAACAACCUAUCACGAUCCAUCAUCACGUGGAGCUGGCUCUCAUGGCUUAAGGUCUAUUGCUUGGAAUCCAUUGGGCACCCUGAUUGCUGCUGGCUCUGCAGAUAGAACAUUACGUGUUUGGAAUCCAGACAGACCAAAUGUGAAGUAUUCGACGGAGCUUAAAGGCCAUGCUGCUGGAAUCGAGAAGGUGGCUUUUAAUCCGGUGAAAGACGCCGAAUUGUGUAGUGUCUCUAGCGAUGGUGUUGUCAAGUUUUGGGAUGUGAGGACGAAAGCGGUCAUUAAUGAGAUUAAGGGCCUUGGUGAUGCAUUUACAUUAGCAUGGAGCCCUGAUGGCGAGAGUCUCGUGGUUGGAAAUAAGGCCGACAAUAUCUAUAUCCUGUCUCCAACGCAGACGACACCGAUUGCUUCUUAUCAACAACCUGUGCAGACUAAUCAGAUCUGUUUCUGUCACAGCGGCAAAAAGAUUUUCCUGACGACAGGCGAAGGGAGAGUCAAGGUUCUCUCUUAUCCCGACUUCAAGCCCAUCCUUUGGACGAGCCACGAUCCCACUCUACCGUUUACCCUAAACGGGCACACCUCCGCAUGCCUCACCGUCGAGCUGCAACCCACCGGACGGUUUCUUGCGACAGGUGGGUCUGAUUCCAUGAUAGCUGUCUGGGAUACGGCGGAUUGGCAUUGCCAGCGGACAUUGAUCGACAUGGUGGGCCCUGUGAGAAGUAUAAGUUUCAGCUACGAUGGGAGUUUUAUUGUUGGUGGCAGUGACGAAGGCCCCGGGUUGGAAAUAGCUCAUGGCGAGUCUGGGGAUCGUGUACACACUAUCAAAACGUCAGGGCCCUGUCCAGUCGUCGCAUGGCACCCUAGCCGCUACUCUCUGGCGUAUACAGAUAUGGGUAGUUUGAAGAUUGUUGGAGUUGAACCACCAGAGAGAAGAUGA